UGCUCCGCUCCCCCUCCCCGCCCCGGCCCGCCCAGCCCCGGCGGUGAAGCCGCCAGCCCAGCCGCUCGCAGGUUUUCGCACCCCGCAGGUCUGCCACCCCGCUCCCGGGUGCCGUCCCCCAGGGUGGUGUAGCUGGGCUGAGGAUGCCACCGUGCUCUGCUGGACCUGCACCCCACGCUGACUCCCCUCGCCACAAGAGGACACCCGAAGGACGCCAGGAGGUGGACGCUUUCCCCUCGUAGCUCUGAAUGUGCACUGCAUCGCUUUGGGCGCGAAGGUACGUCUGGAUGACGGCUGAGGAUGUGCUAUGGAGCUGGGGUUCAACUGCUCUGAGCUCUGCGAUGGCAGCUUCAGUUUUGGCAGCCAGGCACAGCAACAGCGGGCGCUACAGGAGCUCUGCACUGUCACUGUGACAUCAUCUGACCGCAAUGCGAGGAGCUCCCUAUCCUUUUCUGCUGCUCUCCUGGGAGUUGUGUGGACAUUUGUGACUGGUGGAGUUCCUCACUAGCACUCUUUCUUUCUUGUCUUCACAAUUCACUUCAGAAAAAACAGGAUUGUGAAGAUGUCCAGCCCCAAUUUGAACAUUGUGACCCUGCUGGGCAGUGGCUUGACUUAUACCAGUGCUUACCUCUUUGGGAUUCAGGAGCAGAGCCUGCCAUCUGGAGACUCAGUAGAAAAGCUUAUUCAGGUGCGGCUCUGCCUGCUGUGCGUCGGGACCUCCCUGGUGUUUGGCCCCAUCCUGGGGAAAAGCUGGAGGCUCUACAAGGUGUUCACCCAGAGGGUGCCAGACAAGAGGGUGGUAAGAAAGACCCUCCAGUUGCUGGCGAUGGUGGCUGCUUUGGUGCUGGCAGAUGCAGUGUUGCUCUUGACAUGGGUAUUCUCUGAUCCAGUCCAGUGUUUCCGAAGCCUCAGCGUCUCACUGCGGGCAACAGAGAAAGGCAUGACCUGCUCAGUGAGCCGCAUACAGUCCUGUGCAUCUCUUUAUUCUGAUCUUUGGCUCGUUCUCAUUUUAGGCUUUAAGAGUAUCCUCCUGCUGUAUGGGACCUACUUGGCCGGUCUGACGGACAACGUCAGCUCCCCGCCAGUCAACCAGUCCUUGACGCUCAUUGUCGGGGUCAACCUCGUUUUCCUGGCUGCUGGCACUGUCUGCUUAGUUCACCGUUUCUUCCGUGCAUGGCACAACUUGGUGUUUGGUUUUACCUCUGGAGGCAUCUUUGUGUGUACAACCACGAUCAACUGCUUCAUCUUUGUUCCACAGCUCAAGCAGUGGAAAGCCUUUGAAGAAGAAAGCCAAACUGUGAGCCACAUGGCAAAAUAUUUCACCAGCCCGAGCAGGAGCUGCCGCUCGGUGUACAGCGAGGAGCAGCUCUACCAGCUGAUGGGAGAGAGAAAAGACUCCAUGAAGCGGCUGCUCACUGAAAAAAACGCCGUGAUCGAAAGCCUGCAGGAGCAAGUGAGCAGCGCCAAGGAGAAGCUGAUGAGGCUGAUGUCUGCAGAGAGCGGCUGCGAUCCUUACGUGCUGCCGGCAGCUCCCUGUGUGGGGCAGCAUAGGGAUGUGCCAGUGGACUGCCGCCCCCCGGAUCCGGAGCGGGAUGGGUGGCAGCCUCCUCGCUUGCCGGGGACACCCCCUCUCUGCAGAGAUGCUCAGGACCUCAAUGAACAUGCGAGCCAUAAGCCUGUUAGCUCUCAGGUGCCGCUUUUUGACGUGGAGGGCAGCCUUGAACGUGGCCUGAAAGAUGCCAUGGAGCAUGGGGUGCCUGCAGGGCAGGGACAGUCUCCAGAGCAGCUGCCUGGCCAGGACAUCUCCUGGGAGUCGUCCCCAAAAGUCAGCUACGUGAGCAGCGAGAAGCUGUGGGAGAUCUUGCAAGACCUGAGCCUGGGUGGCAAAACCUACAGCCCAGCCAUGUCUGGGGGACCACCUGGCAGCCAAGGCCCCUUAGGCAAGCCGGGAGGAACAUGGGGGGCCCAGGAGGGCUACCCGGGCACCCACACGCCCCUCAGCCCCCAGCUGGCGAGGCGCCGGAGGAGGAUCCCUCUGCCUGCUGCCUCCACCCAUUUCCCUGGACACAUGUCCCCCCGUGCCAGCCGCGGAGUAAAGGAGGAAUUGGCCCGUAUCUCCCUGGGGAGGGAAGGGGAGGUGGCUGGUGGAAGGCUCCUUCACCCACCGGUACCAUCCCCUGCAGCCAUCCCAGUUUCCAGGGAGGUUUCCCUCCAGCCGGAGGGAUGGCUGGAGUCCGAGGCAGCUUCUCCGUGCCUCCGGUGGGAGACGCAGCGGCGUCAGGGAACAUUGAGGGGUCCUGCUGAGCCCUCCCUGCGCUCGCUGUACUAUUACCCGGACUCUGACUCCAGCAGCAGCUCCGAAGAGAUGUUUCACGGCUGCCACCGCCCCUGCUGCGAGGUCUGCUUCCAGAGCCCACGUGGCUCGGUGGGAAGCAGUAGUACGGACACGGACACGGAGUCCAGCAGCUGUGUGGGCCACCGGACAGAGUAUCACGGCUUUCCCCAGCCUGUGGUGAAUUUCAAAGAAGAUCUGAAACCUACCUUUGUGUGACUGCAAGCCCUGCUGCCACAAAGACAAGUGUUCUCCCACCCCCAAAAACACUGCGUGUUUUCAGCUGUGCUAAAGCUACAUAUCCUCCCUAAGGGAUGUGUCUUUUUCCUGGCAUCUGAGGGUUGGGAAUAAAUCUUGUCCCACCCCGGGCUGCAGUGUCGUCCCCCGGUCUGGUGACUUCAGACCAUGUUUGGCUGAGGGGUUUUUUGGCAGGACUUGGGAAGGUGGCAGCAGCUUUGUUUGUAGCCCCAUGCCCUGCAGGUACCCAGCACAUCUCUGUCCUGGUGACGGCAGUGGAAAGACUGGGGAUGGGUGGCCUACGAGACCCCAGUUCUUCAUCAUCUCAGAGGGCUUUCUUUCCCUGUGAGAGUUGGGGGAUCACACCAGCAGGGAGUGUCUCAGAAACACACUUGUAUGCAGCAGACAGACAGAGGUAUCCAUCCCACAAGGCUGCUGAUGCCAAGCCUCCCACCAGCAUCCCACUGGAAAUGGGAGACAGCCAGACACCAGAAGCGGUUGCAGCACUGAUCCCUGGCAAAGCAAGGACCUCAGAGUGGGGUGUGUGCUGGAGACUUUUGGGUUUUUGGUUGUUUUUCCUUGGUAGCAUCUGAGUAAGAAAAUGGAGCCCAGAGGUGAUGUGUCUGCAGGUGUCCUGUAUUUUAUGAAGUUCAGCUAAGCAGUUGAAAGCAAGGCUUGAGUCAGAGCUGAAGAGAAAGAUAAGAUAGCAACUGCAAAAGAGAAUCUGAAAGAUUUUUCUUUUAAUAUUUUUCCUUGUCCUGGUGCUUGAGCCCCUCUAUAUGCCUUUGUAUGGAUGAUGUAGUCUGGAAUGAGGUUUGUUUAAAUUAAUGUGGUCUGUUUCAUUUUUGUCUUAGAAAUACCAAGAAGAGUAAAUCCAGUGUGCUCACUUUUGUUCAGGUAUUUGUGAAGGACUUUCACCCUUGUCAUUGCCUCCAAAAGAGAAAGUCAGGAUCCUGAGACCUGAUUCCCAGUGCAUAAAAAACCCUCUGGAGAAAGGCUUUAUUAAAAGGGGGAUUGACAGGAAUCCCA